UUCUGAACAAAUGGAUGAGGAAGGAGCUACAGCAAAGAUUCCAGAAUCUAUAGAACUUAUUGUUGCAUCUGAAAAAUCUGGAGAUUCAGACGAAAACGAUGAUUGUGAUGACGACCAAGUGACAAACAAAGAUCAAGCUGAAGUUGACUUCGAGAAAACUUUGGAUGAGGUUGUAGAACGCGGGGAURUCAAUAAGAUUAAAAAGCUGAUCACUCCAACUAGUCUAAGCAAGUGCAAAACCAACAUUUUAGAAAAAUCGUUCGAGGUCAGYUACAAGCUGAAAUGUUUAGCUGAGACUAAAGGCACAGAUGCCGAAGAAAUAGAUGAUUUGUCUCGUUCCGUUGAAGACUUUGCUCUUGAGCUAAUUGAGCCUCUCAAAACCAAAUUUUUUAUUCCAAUGUAUGAAGAUAUUGAAGAAAAUAUAGAUUAUAUUGCGGAGAGAAGCAUAACAUAUCGYCAGAAAAAGUUUUUGUCACAUCCAAUGGUGUACAACCUUCUGAUGAAAAAUUGGACUGGAAGGUUUCAUAAUCUAAGGCAAAGUCCAUGUAUGACCUUUAACUUUUGGACGUGGAUAUCUCUCAACAUUUGGACUAUAUUGGAUGUGGUUCUCUUCCCUCUUGUUUUUGUUAUUGUUUAUGCCCUACACAGAAUGAUCAAGUUCUUAGAGUAUAAACAAGACCAUGCUACUGUUCUGGUUUUAAAUUCGACUAGUACAAGCGAAUGGGAUAGUAUGCAUUCACGCUCAAAAAUGCUCAACAUUAGCAAAAGAACAAUAAGUAGUCUUCAGUAUCAUCAGUCCAAAUACGCAUCAAUAAUACGCGAAGAAAAUGGUGUCGUAAGGAGUGGUUUUCUAGUGAAGGAAAGUGCGAUUGAAAUGAUAGAGAAUUCGACAUCAAGCUUGAAAACGGAUWGUAACUCAUUGUCGUCGUGUAUGGAGAGAGCCAGGGAGAUGCUCAAGAAUUGCCCCGGAGUCUAUUUCAACAAGACCGUAAUUCUGAUGACAGACGAUAAAUUUGGAAAAGAAAAAGAAAAACUGCAAGUAGAGGCCAGAAGAAUAAGGAAAGAGGGCUUUAGAUUAUUAUGUGUAGGGAUUGGUUUUACUCCAGAGAAAAAUGAGUUAGAAGCUAUGACAACGGGAAACGUUAUUAUGUAUUAUGACCAUCCAAUCUUUCCAGAAACCUUAGAAGCAACCAUUAAAGAAUUAAAGAAUGAAAUCAAUGGAAAGAGUAUUUUUGAAAGAUAUGUUCAGUACUUCAGAACUCCUUACUUUAUCUUUAUGCGUGACACACUGAGUUACCUUGCGUUACUUUUUCUUCACUUUGGGGUUUGUCUCUGGCCGUCCACUCUYGACUUUACUGUACUUGAAUGGUUGAUUUUCACUUUCUUCGUGGGGAGACUGAUGAUGGAAUUAUAUCARGCYUCGGUUGAAGUUCRUUUGGGUGCCAAACUCAAAAARCAGUCAAWCAAAUCGGCGAAAAUAGAUCUAUCCAAAUAUUUCAGGUAA